ACAAUUCCAAUUGAUCAAGUCAUUCCAAAGGAUUUGUUCAAAUAUUAAUCAAUGUCUCCUGCAGCUAAUUUUUCUGCUUCUUUUUCUUCUUCUUCAUCCUCAAGAUGGUGCCCAACCCCAGAGCAACUGAUGAUCCUUGAAGAGAUGUACAGGGCUGGAGUCAGAACUCCAAAUGCUUCCCAAAUCCAACAAAUCACUGCCCAGCUCUCUUUCUAUGGAAAGAUUGAGGGCAAGAAUGUGUUCUACUGGUUCCAAAACCACAAGGCAAGGGACAGACAAAAGCUUAGGAGGAAGCUUUGCAAGCAACUUCAACUUCAACAGCAACAACUCUAUCAUAAUUAUUACCAUUGUCAACAUCAUCAUCAACAGCAGCUAAUGCUCAACCAGCAGAGCCUUCUAGGUUACCUUGAUCAGUCCCCUUCUGCUUCUUCUGUUCUUCAUCAGCCGCUUUGUUGUCAUCAUCAUAACUUAUCAGCUGGCUUUCUUCCUCAGGUGGGAGUUGAAGAUGCAUUGAUGAACUACACGCGCAAGGUCCAUGAAAUCCCAGCGGCAGCAGAGAGAUUGGAGAUGGAGAAGUCGGUGCUGAACAUGUAUGGCCAUGAUUGGAUGAUGACGACGAAGAAGACGAUGGAUGUGGGCCCACCCGCAUCACCUGCAUGUUGUACCAGAUCAGCUGCUGCUGCUACUCCUAGACCCCUUAAAACACUCCAACUCUUCCCCAUCAAGUCCCCUAAUCUCAGAUCUGAAGAUCAUGAAGAAGAAGAAUCUACAUCUACACCAUCCAACCCGGCCUAGAAACUAUAAUUAAGUAAACCUAGCCAACUGCCUAAUGCAUGUGUCUCUCUGAUCUCUCAUGUUCAGUAUUUAGCUGCAGAGAUCCUAUAACUAGACUUAAAAUCUGUGUCUGUGACGACUUGUAUUAGUUUCUUGGUCUGUGUGUUGUG